UUCCCAGAUCAAAACAGACUGGGAGAAUUCCCACUAUUCCACCUGUAUUCCCGGCGAGAUAACCGUUCUGCGUAUUCCAGGCGGGAGAACCGCUUUUGCAGCAUGGCAAUGGAAUGCAUCAAUAACUGCUGCAAAAGCUUCCUAGGCAAUGACAAGGCAAUCAAACAGCCAGUGAUAACGGUGAAGAUGUCCCCUGCCAGAGCCAUCUCAGGUGACCCCAGGAAGAGUAUAGGGGUAUCGGAGGACUAUCUCCUCUCUAAACUCCCACCGGGUGGGAAAGACGUUCCAUUUGUCAUCCCCACGUUCAAACCUUCCUACAUCCAACCGCCAGGCUCACGUUACCUCGGCUACCAGACACCGUGGCUACACACCAGUAGCACCUAUGCAGAGAGGAAGGCUGAGCUGUCAGGGGCCAAUCACAUCAUCUAUAACCCUGACUCCUCCCCCAACAUGUGUCCCAGGACAACACCACACAGCAACCUGAAAAAGACUCCCCGUGGAUCAGGUGGGAAUAUGAAGACUGGAAGACAGAGUCUGAGCAAAUCCAUGUUUGAUCUGUCCAACUCCAGCCACAUACAGACCAUCCAGCACAAGCACCAGACGAUGCUGAUCCAGCAUGAGACUCCCAUCAAAGGCAUACUCAAUCAGUACAACCAAUCAUCGUAUCAAGGCAUUCGCCCUCUUUUGCCCACCGCCCCACACCAGUGUGGCCACUAG